UGCAAUUAAAUCCCGAUGCCUGACCCUCGGGCGACACUAGGAAUUUGAUGCUCCCUGAUCCAAUCCGUUGCCGUCGAACCUCCACAGAAUCCCGCGAUCGGACGAAUCGACGCAGCUGAUUGACAUCCAAAUCCGCAGUCGUCAUCGAAAAGGCCCAGCCGAUUAUCUCACAAUGGAUGCCCAGGCAGCUACCGAGCCCAGAACUCAUAGCGACUACACUGUGGGAUGGGUCUGCGCUCUGCCCAAAGAACAAACCGCGGCGACAGCUAUGCUAGAUCACAAGCAUGACGAUCUUCCAAAACCACCAAAUGAUCACAAUACGUAUACCCUAGGAUCAAUCGGCAAGCAUAAUAUCGUCAUAGCCUGCCUACCUAAAGGCGAGAUCGGAACAAAUUCGGCCGCGACGGUCGCGACCUCGAUGGCCAACACCUUUCCAUCCAUUAAGAUUGGUCUAAUGGUUGGCAUCGGCGGCGGUAUUCCAUCCAAGGUUCGGCUUGGCGAUGUUGUGAUCAGCUCACCAGUGGGCCAGUAUCCUGGGGUGGUUCAGUGGGACUUGGGCAAGGCGAAAGAAGGGGGCAAGUUCGAGCAGACUGGGUCGCUAAACAACCCCCCUUCCUCGCUCCGCACUGCCUUAACAAAACUGGAGACCGAACACGAAAUGAGUGGAUCUAAGAUACCUCAGUAUCUAGAGGAUCUAAAACGCAAAUGGCCAAGGCUGGCGCUGAAGUACGCCAGCCGUGAUCACCUUGAGGACCCUUUCGACGUACCGGACGAUCCACCGCGCAGCCAAAAAGCAAUCCAGGGCCUUCCUUCCAUGGAGUCUGGGGCCAAGCAAGUGGAGGACACCACGACGCUACGUUCCGGGAUAGGCUCGACGAGAAGUUUGGUGGCCAUGUUCUCUGUGUCGAAAUGGAAGCGGCGGGACUAA